AUGUCCAUACUUCAUCCUUCUCCCCGCAUUAUACUAAAGCCCCUCCCAUUUCUUCCAUUCAGUUUUAUCAGCAACAUUCGAACCCUAAAUUUCACCUCCAUUAAACAUCCCCCAGCUCCCACAACUCCCCGAAACUUCAGGCUGUUCUAUAAAUUUCCGAAAUCAAUUUUUCCCGUCGACUCACAGCUCUCAGAUGAAGACGACGACGAAGAGGAGGAUGAUGAUGACGAGGAGGAGGAUAAUGCGGUUGUAGACGAUGACGACGGCGAUGAUAUUACGGCGGAAGAGUACGGCGACCUGGUUGAUGCGAGUGAAGAAGAUGAAGAAAUUGGGGAGAGUUCGGUGGUGGAGAUUAAGUCCAAGUAUGAGGAGUUCAAGUGGCAGAGAAUUGAAAGAGUUUGUAACGAUGUUCGCGAGUACGGUGAUGAAAUUCUCGACGUUGAUGAGCUCGCUUCUGUUUAUUCGUUCCGAAUUGAUAAAUUUCAGAGGUUGGCCAUCAAAGCAUUCUUAAGAGGGUCAUCAGUGGUUGUUUCUGCACCAACAAGCAGUGGGAAGACUUUAAUUGCAGAAGCGGCAGCUGUUGCUACAGUUGCCAGAAGGAGGAGACUAUUCUAUACUACUCCAUUAAAGGCUCUAUCUAACCAGAAAUUCCGUGAAUUCCGUGAAGCAUUUGGUGAUACCAAUAUUGGGCUUAUCACUGGUGAUUCAGUAAUUAAUAGAGAUGCUCAGGUUAUAAUUAUGACUACGGAGAUUUUGCGCAAUAUGCUCUAUCAGAGUGUUGGAGCGGUUUCAUCAGAGAGUGGACUUCUUCAUGUUGAUGUUAUUGUGCUGGACGAAGUACACUAUCUAAGUGACAUAUCUCGGGGUACUGUCUGGGAAGAGAUUGUUAUUUAUUGUCCCAAAGAAGUUCAGCUCAUAUGUCUCUCAGCAACUGUUGCUAAUCCUGAUGAAUUGGCUGGUUGGAUCAAUCAGAUUCAUGGUAAAACUGAGUUGGUGACAUCAUCCAAACGUCCAGUUCCUUUGACUUGGCACUUCUCUACAAAAACAGCUUUGCGACCUCUUCUUAAUGAGAAAGGCACAGGCAUGAAUAGGAGGUUGGCACUUAGCUAUAUGGAGCUCGAUUCUUCAGGGGAUAAUUUACGUAAGGAUGACAGAUUUAGGAGAAGGAGCUCCAGAAAGCAUGAGACUGAUAUUCCUACCUUCUCAAAGAAUGGUGUAAAUAAUACCCGUCGUUCACAGGUCCCCCAAGUUGUAGACACCUUAUGGCAGCUAGAGGGAAUGGAUAUGCUUCCUGCAAUUUGGUUUAUCUUUAGCAGGAAAGGAUGUGAUGCAGCUGUACAGUAUCUUGAAGAUUGCUGUUUGCUGGAUGAGUGUGAGAUGACUGAAGUUGAACUGGCAUUGAAGAAGUUUCGUAUUCAAUAUCCUGAUGCUGUUAGAGAGUCUUCAGUGAAAGGCCUUCUCCGAGGAGCUGCAGCUCAUCAUGCUGGCUGCCUUCCCCUAUGGAAAUCUUUUAUAGAGGAUUUGUUUCAAAGAGGGCUAGUGAAGGUGGUAUUUGCUACAGAAACGCUUGCUGCUGGGAUAAACAUGCCAGCCAGGACAGCUGUUAUUUCAUCUCUUAGCAAAAGGGGUGAAAGUGGGCGCAUGCAGCUGAGCUCAAAUGACUUGCUGCAAAUGGCUGGCCGUGCUGGUCGUAGGGGUAUUGAUGAUAGAGGUCAUGCAGUUCUUGUUCAAACGCCAUAUGAAGGACCUGAGGAAUGCUGCAAGCUUCUCUUUUCUGGGCUUGAGCCUCUUGUUUCGCAGUUUACUGCAUCAUAUGGAAUGGUUCUCAAUCUUCUCGCGGGUGUAAAAGUCACAAAUGCGACAAGUGAAUCAGAUGAUUUAAAAGUCAUGCAAGCAGGGAGGACACUAGAAGAAGCAAGGAAGCUAGUUGAACAGAGUUUUGGGAAUUACGUGGGAAGCAAUGUUAUGCUUGCUGCAAAAGAAGAACUUGCUAAAAUAGGGAACGAAAUAGAGAGGCUUACUAAAGAUAUUAGUGAUGAAAGUAUUGACCAAAAGAGCAAGAAACUUUUAACCUCCUCAGCAUACAAAGAGAUAACUGACCUCCAGGAAGAACUAAGGGCUGAAAAACGGAGGCGGUCAGAAUUAAAAAGAAAAGUGGAACUGGAGAGGCUCUUAUCUUUGAAACCAAUGCUGAAGGAGCUAGGAGAUGGGCAUUUACCUUUUAUGUGUCUACAGUACAGUGAUUCUGCUGGAACUCAACAUCUGCUUCCGGCUGCUUAUCUUGGGAGAGUUGACUCUCUGAAUGCUCCCAGACUUAAAAAUAUGGUUAAAGAUUCAGAUGCAUUUGCAUUUACAGCAGAUGGUGGCAGUGAAUUUGAAUCUAAUCUCUCCCCUUCAUAUCAUGUAGCUCUUGGUUCAGAUAACUCUUGGUAUCUUUUCACAGAGAAAUGGAUAAGAACAGUUUACAAAACUGGCUUUCCCAAUACUCCGUUAUCACAAGGUGAUGAUUCACCUCGUGAAAUCAUGAGUAAGCUUCUUGAUAAUGGGGACAUGCAAUGGCAGAAGGUAGUGGAGUCCGAACUUGGUGGUCUGUGGACCAUGGAAGGAUCUCUGGAGACGUGGUCCUGGAGCUUAAAUGUGCCAGUCAUGAGUAGUCUUUCAGAAGAUGAUGAGGUCUUAAAAUUUUCUCAAGUGUACUAUGAUGCCGUAGAAAUCUACAAGGACCAGAGAAAUAAGGUUUCUCGCUUGAAGAAAAGAAUUGCACGUACAGAAGGUUUUAAAGAAUACAAGAAGAUACUAGAUACAGCUAAAUUUACUGAAGAAAAGAUUCGACGCCUAAAAGCUAGGUCGAAGCGCUUGAUUAACAGAAUAGAGAAGAUUGAACCUUCUGGCUGGAAGGAAUUUCUGCAGGUUAGCAAUGUGAUACAUGAAUCUAGGGCAUUGGAUAUUAACACUCACGUCAUCUUUCCUCUUGGUGAAACUGCAUCUGCCAUGCGUGGGGAAAAUGAGCUCUGGCUUGCAAUGGUGCUUCGUAACAAAGUACUACGGGACCUGAAGCCAGCACAGCUUGCUGCUGUCUGCGGAAGCCUAGUCUCUGAAGGAAUUAAGAUCAGACCUUGGAAAAAUAACAGCUACAUGUAUGAAGCUUCUUCUUCUGUCAUGAAUGUCAUUGGAGUUUUGGAAGAACAAAGAAGCUCACUCUUGGAACUUCAGCAGAAGCAUGGAGUAACAAUACCAUGCUGCUUGGAUAGUCAAUUUUCUGGCAUGGUUGAAGCCUGGGCUUCUGGUCUGACAUGGAGAGAGAUUAUGAUGGAUUGUGCUAUGGAUGAAGGUGAUCUUGCUCGUCUUCUUAGGCGAACAAUUGAUCUAUUAGCACAGAUUCCUAAAUUACCCGACGUUGACCCUUUACUGCAAAGCAAAGCGAAGAGUGCAUCUGACAUAAUGGAUCGUCCACCCAUUAGUGAACUGGCUGGCUAAAAGGCUAUGUAUCAGGUAAGAUAUUCAGAAUUUUUUGAAAAUUCUUUUGAUUAUUUGUUUGGCUCCCCAUCUCAGAAUUUUCAGGUGUAUGACUAUGUCCACAAAAAUUAAGAACAGAAUAAAUACACUGGAGUUUAUGUCGAACCAUUUCUUCUGCAUAUUAAUUCAAAACCACAUUGAGACAAUCACUACUCACAUUUUCUUUCAUAUUGAAACAACCGUAUUAGUACCUGCAUGACAUUUAAUGUGCAAUACUACUCUCUACUCUCCACUAUGCACUUUUGAGUUUUCAUCUUUGAUAGUGCAACAGAAAAAGAUCUUGCACCAGAGUGGAAAUUGUGUAAUUUAUUUCAUCACUCAUGCAUUACUAAAAGGCAUUUUGUUAACCAAAGGGGUUGGGGUGGAGUGAAAAGGACUCCUCUACCCUUAACCAUAGAUCGAGGGUUCGAACCUUGCCAUGGGCAUGGAGUAACCUUAAAUUCUUUGGCCAACUGGACACCCUUCAAACAUGCACACGCACAUACACACACACACACACAAAAAAAAAAAAAAAGAAGGCAAUUAGUGAAGUUACACAGUGAAUUUGACUUCCUCAGGAAUUUCUUUCUUGCCUGAUCUUAUUCCUGCAUGCACUAAUCAAAAGUCAGAAAGCAUGUUAGAUACCUUGUUUAUCUCAGGUAAGCAAUUGUUUGCAUGAAGAGGUAGCUCUCAAGGUUUUCAGAAUAUUUGUUUUGUCCUAAUAAUUAAUCCAAGCGUUAGUAGAUUGAUUUGAAUCUAUUUCUUUUGAUACCAGCUGCAACACCUUUGAUAAGACGCUUUCAAGGUUUAUCAAACAGCUAGACAUACUUCCUAGAGAAAGUAU